AUGCAUGAGGUCGAAGUCUGCAACCCACUCUACUUGUUCAUAUCUCUUUUAAGUAUUAGAAACCUUAACCAAGAUGACGUCCAACUUAUAGUUGGUUCUGGCUGUGGUGGCGGAGUUGCGGCGGCAAUCCUCGCCGCCUCCGGUCAAAAAGUGGUGGUCCUUGAGAAAGGCCAUUAUUUUGUGCCGGAAGAUUAUUCUGGCCUAGAAGGACCUGCAUUUAAUGAAAUGUACCAAGUAGGAGGGAAACUAACAACCCUUGAUGGAAAAGUCUUCAUCUUGGCUGGAUCAACUGUUGGUGGAGGAAGUGCUGUGAAUUGGUCAGCUUCAAUUAAGACUCCUGAUCACGUUCUUAAAGAAUGGUCCACCAAGCAAAAGAUUCCACUCUAUGGAAGUUCUGCUUAUCUUUCAGCCAUGGAUGCUGUGUUUAAGAGGCUUGGAGAUGGAGCUGUGAGGAAGAGAUGCAGGGGAGUGAUUGCGGCUGUGGAAAGCAAAAACAGCACAAACAGGAUGCUGGAAAUCGAGGUAAGGGUCACGUUUUCGGCCUGUGGCGCUAUUUUGACGCCGCCAUUGUUAUUGAAUUGUGGACUAAGGAACAAAAACAUUGGUCGUAAUCUCCAUCUCCAUCCUGUUCUCAUGGCCUGGGGAUAUUUUCCAGAAUCUGGCUCAGAAGUUAAGGGAAAAUGUUUCGAGGGAGGAAUCAUCACUCGCGUGCACAAAGUGAACGCUGGCGAUUCCAAUGCCGAUUGUAUCAUUGAAUGCGCAGCAAUGGGCCCAUCAUCCUAUGCAUCUUUGGUGCCAUGGACAUCCGGAAGCGACAUGAAAGAGAGAAUGCGAAAAUAUUCGCGAACAGCAUCUACAUUUGCGCUGGUUACAGAUCAAGGUUCUGGAGAAGUGAUGGAGGAGAGUCGGAUCAAGUAUCGUUUGGAUGGAGUUGACAAGGAAAACAUCAAAGUUGGGCUAAGACAGGCUUUAAGGAUUCUAGUUGCUGCGGGAGCAGUUGAGGUAGAAACUUUCAGAAGUGAUGGACAGAAACUAUGCUGUAAAGGGAUUAAGGAUAUGGAUUUGGAAGAGUUUCUGGUCAAUGUUACGGCACUUCCCGGGCCGAAAUCCAAGUCAGAGGAAUGGGGAAUGUAUUGUUCUGCUCAUCAAAUGAGUAGCUGUGGAAUGGGAGCUAAUGAAGAGGACGGUGCAGUUGAUGAGAAUGGUGAAUGCUGGGAAGCAGAAGGCUUGUUUGUAUGUGAUGGAAGAGUCAUUCCUACCGCCAUUGGUGUUAAUCCCAUGAUUACCAUCCAAUCUACUGCUUAUUGCCUUUCUAAGAGAAUUGCUGAAUUGCUAAGAGAAGGGAAGCACUAUCUAGACGAUUAUAAUUGA